UUGUUCUUGUUGUUGUUCUUGUUGUUCUUGUUGUUGACGUGAGACAAUCCUCCGUCUGUAUCUUCUAAUAUAACUUACUUAAGUUCUCACCCACCCACACUUUCCCCGCUAAAUAAAUAUUCAACAGUCAGCUAAAUAUUUAGCUAGCUUCUUCAUGUCCACUCCACCGGACAUCAAAUACACUUCGGGUCGCCAUGACAUGACAUGACCAGAUAGUGCCCCAGAGCAUCAAGCUAAAAUAUUGUACUCGACGACUUAUGACUGGAACGUUCCCACGAAGUAAACAAUAAUAGUACAGACGCCCGCAAUGAGCAAGGGAUCCUCGAAGCCAAAUCUCUUUUAACUGCACGACGAUAGUUAUUAGAAGACGAAAGAAAUUACUCGUACCCUAAAAUCCGCCUCACUUGACAUAACCAUAUAAAUUCAUUCUCACUCCCCCCCCCCCCUCUUCCCGAUUUUUACAAUCGUUCCGAGAGCAACAGACAGACUCACAUCUUCUCCCAUACAAAAUUCUCCAAUACAACUGCAGUUUAGCACAGGAUAUCAAUUACAUCGAAGGAAGGGCUACAUUAUCGGCUAUCACAUCGCCUCGUCUUGUCUUGGAUAUUUCCACAAAGUGAUUGAAUUGCUACUGCGUUCCUACGAAAAAUGGAGGGCGCCGUUGACCCCGAAACCUACUACACCAAACAGAACUGUAUCGGAGGUGGGAGCUUUGGGAAAGUGUACAAAGGAGUAGACAAACGAACAGGUCAAGCUGUUGCGAUUAAAAUCAUCGACGUCGAAAACGCAGACGAUGAAGUCGAAGAUAUCAUUCAAGAAAUCUCAAUCCUGUCCGAGCUCAAUUCGCCAUAUGUCACCAAAUACCACGGUUCGUUUCUGAAGGGAUCAGACCUAUGGAUCAUAAUGGAGUUUUGUUCGGGUGGAAGUUGCUGUGACUUGAUGCGUGCGGGCCUUAUUACUGAGGAAUACGUGAUGAUAAUUCUCCGAGAACUACUACUAGGAUUGGACUAUCUCCACAGCGACAAAAAGCUACAUAGAGAUAUCAAAGCUGCGAACAUACUUCUUGGAGCGAAUGGUCAAGUCAAGCUGGCAGAUUUUGGUGUCUCUGGGCAACUUUCUGCAACCAUGACCAAGAAAAACACCUUUGUCGGUACCCCUUUCUGGAUGGCACCGGAAGUUAUCAAACAAUCUGGUUAUGACCACAAAGCAGACAUAUGGUCAUUGGGAAUUACAGCCAUUGAAUUGGCGCAAGGCGAGCCGCCAUACUCGGACAUCCAUCCGAUGAAAGUUCUCUUCCUGAUUCCCAAGAAUCCACCCCCAGUUCUACAGGGAAACUUCAGCAAAGCUUUUAAGGACUUCGUUGAGUUGUGUUUAAAGAGAGACCCUAGAGAGCGACCUUCUGCCAAAGAGUUGCUGAAACAUCCUUUUAUCAAGCGAGCAAAGAAAACUACGUAUCUCACAGAGUUGAUCGAGCGAUCAGAGCGAUGGCAGGCAGUUCAUGGAAAUCGAUCUGCGGAUGACGAUGACGAGCAAGACUAUCGCCAAGCCCCGCACAAACCUACUCCUGAGGAAGAGGACUUGUGGGAUUUCGGUACUGUCAGACCCGCUGGCGGGAGAGCAGGUGGACUACGAACAAUGAACGAUGCGGCGGCAAAUGCGAGAACACAGGCACAUGAAGACACAAAUAGAUCUCCAAUCGAGCCGCGGAAGGGACCGGCCGACUUGCAUAUCCAGAACAAAUCCUCGAAGGAAAUUAUGAAAGGUCCACCUUCACCUCCAAAAUCUCCCCAAAAGCGCAACAUCCCCACAGCAGUCCCAGCUUCCCCUGUAGCUGCGGCUGCUGCAAGAGUUCCACUCCAGCCCUCCGCCCAGAAACAAAAGCUUUUCCAGGAACCAGUACCCAAGACACCGUCGCAUUUUGCAAAGCCCCCACCGCCGCCUCCCCAGAAGGAAAGCCCCAGCACAAGCGAUUAUGAUCGAGAGCUCCAAAAGUCAUUAGCGCAGGAUAUCGGGUUUCUUCGACUUGGAGAGUCCCCGAGCGACGACUCGAAUGCCUCACAACAAAUGCAAGAACACUCUCCUACAUCCACACCCACCACACCUACACCCGCUCCAGCACCCGCGUCUCAAGAGCAGAUCGCAAGGAAGCCAGUUGCGAUGCACAUACCGGAAAUACCACCAUUCAAGGGACACCAAGCAAAUCCACUCAGAGAUACGUCCAAUCAAACUCCCAACCCAACGGCACAGCCCACACGCCAACAAAAGCCCUCAAGACAACACCCACUACCUCCCCUCGCACCCCACCCCCUAAAUCCUGUCCAGCGCCAACAACCGCUACCACCCAUCCACCAACAGCGGCUUCCACAACUGCCAACCCCGCAGCAAGGGGAUAUGCCAAACAAACCACCACAGCGCCAGCAACAGCAGCAGCAACAGCAGCAGCAGCAACAACAACAACAACAACAACAACAACAACAACAACAACAACAACAACACCAACAGCAACUACAACAAGAACUACAACGUCACCAGCAGCAGCAGCAGCACCAACGCAAGUCCAGCGACUCUAGCCAGUCAUCCUCCGUCGCCUUCUCCCCAGCACCACACUCUCAGGCGAACGAAAUAACGGCUCUUAACGGCGUCAUCCUCCCCGCCCUUGAAGCCGCCCUCCGCCGGCGCGCCUACAUUCUUAACACGAUGACCCGCAAUUCAGGGAUAGGCGCACCUAGAAAAAGCAGCAAUAGUAGUACUAGCAGUGGUGGCAACCACACCGCUUUAGAACUUCUCCAACGGCGUCAAUACGCGCAUGAGAAGUUGAGGAGGUUGGUUAUCAAGGCUGCGGGAAUAUUUAAAGAUAUCGAAAAAUGGGACGAUGAGGCGCCUGUAGGGAUGGGCGGGGAGGCCAGUGCGUUUCUUGAGGGGUUUUUGGAGGAGGUGCUUGUUAGAGUUGAGCCGGAGGAGGAAACCGGUGUAGGUGUUUCUCCGGUCAGGGUCAGUACUAGCGAGGGUGGGGAUGGGGCGACGACUAGGAAGAGGUAGGUCACUUGGUGACUUGGGGAAGGAGGGUGAAUAAUGCGGGGGGAUAUUUUCUCAUUCCGAUUACCCAACUUUUUUUUUUUUUUUUUUUUUUUUUGU